AUGACCUCGUCCGCUUUACGUCGCCUUGUUGCCCUAGUAUUUUUUUUGAUCGUCGGGACUCACUUGUGCGAGGCCGCUCCACUUGAUGAGUCGCGCGGCUCUUUGCACCAUAUUAGCAGACCGCAUCGGCCAUACUACCCAGUUGGCAGAAAUGAAACCAACCCUCACUCUGUGACCAUUAUCAUCAAUGCCAACUUGACAAUCGAUUUCCCAGGAUUUUCGCUAUCCAAGACCGAAAAAAUUAUCGAGUACGUGCUCGAGGAUCCUAGCCAAUUCAUCACCGACGCUUGGAACCAGUACCAGAAUGCUAAAAAAUCCCAGGAUCUCGUCACUGGAUUUGAGAAUUACCUACACCUUGUUUCUUUGCAGGACUCGAAUGGAAACCUGCUCGAAGACGUCUUGACCAACUUGGAACUCUACUCUAAAUACGUGAAUCCUCAAGUUGUUGGCGUUGUAGGGAAACAGAUGGCCAAAAAGGAAUCUAAACUGCCAGGCGAACAAAUCUUCGCCUUGGUUUUGAACGUUUUGAAGGAAGGGAGGGAGAAACUAGGCUGGCCGUUUUGA